UUUAUUUCUGAUGAGACAAUGUGAAGCUCAAACCAACUUUUUGGGGUACUUAGGUGAAGAAGUUGACUGGUUUGUACAAGGCCUACCAGGUUCCAAUUGCACGGCAUGCCACUGAUGGCAGAGUAAUGAUGUUGCACUAGCACUUGCCUUCUUUAAGACUGAUAGUCAGAAAGUCAUUACUUUUUAGCUGACAGUCUUUAUAGCAAAUUAAUUACGCCCCUUUCCAGUCCAAUAAUAUGUUAGAGGGGUGACAUACAUGGGGGGUAAUGUCUGGCAGUUGCAAUUACUGUAACAUCCAGGUUGGCUCCUUUGGCUGCAGCUGUGAAAUGAUGAAAUGUGCAUGUCGAGGAGUUAAUUGUACACCCUGCGGCUCAUGGCUCCCCCACUAGUUAUUGCAUGCCUCUUGUGCUGCUCACUCCUCAAAAUCAAAAUAUUUCAUUCACACAAGUACAGUUAAUUUUACAUCUUUUUUCCCCAUGCUCUUGAAUCAGAUUCAGAAAAGUAAAGUCAAUGCGAGUCAAAAACUGGAGGAAAGGAAGAGCACAUUUUCCAAAGCAUAUCACAUCGCACAUCAAACGUGGUGGAGGUAGUGUGACAGCAAGGGCAUGCGGUUGCUAAUGGAACAGGCUAACAACUGGUGUUUAUUGAUGUGACUGCCGACUAUGCGCUGGACCAAUUUUUGAACUAAAGGGCCAUGUUUCAACUGCCCCCCUACCCCUCCUCCAUUAAAUUCAAUAGUUGAAAAGCAUCUUUUCGCCACUGACUCUUUUCUGCUCCUUCGUCCGCCAUUGUUUUCAAGCUUGGACCACCAGUGUGGUACAACACUUUAUUCACCGCGAGCUGCGUUUAAAUGUGCUCUAUAAAUAAACAUUACUGGACUCACUUUAUCGUCACUUAUUUCCAAUUGGCAAUUUAUUAAAAUGGGAACGAAAUUAUACACUCCUUUGUUGAGGGGGAAAAAAAGGGGGUGCUGAAGUUGCAUGUAAAUACCUGCAGGGGUCAGUAUUUUGCUUAACUUUCUCAGCCAAGCCGAAACAAAGGCGGUACUCAUUGUUUAUUAAGAAUAAAAACCAACCAAUCCGACAUAAUACGAAUUCCUCCAAUUUAAGUAAAAAAAUAAAACACAAAACAUCACCGGAUCUAUCCAAAUAGAACGUCAAGAGUAAACAAAAGCAAAGGCGAGGAAACUAGCGCCGAACAAAGAACUGACAGCGGCGGACCCUUUAAGACCAUUUCGGAAUAAUUAAUGAAGUCAAGCUGUAAACACCACAGAAGCUGAGCUGCGUGGCCGUAGCGAGCAUCCUCCCGACCCGACGAGACCUCGGAGCCAGGUCGCCGCGUGUUUUGUUUGGGCUCACGGCGGUUCCUCUCCACCUCCACCCUCUUGUCCCCCCCCCACCUGCACACCUCGACUCGGCAUAUGCGUUCCCCGGGUCCAAGGCGACGACGGCGCAGCAUCGGUCCCAUUUGAAGAGUGCCAUGGCUCGGAAGACGGUCAUUCCAUCCAUGUAUUAUGGUGAGCCACGCAAGUUUGACCCAAAAUUCAGAGGGCCGAUUCAUAACAGGGAGCGCACGGAUGUGAUCUGCUGUGUUAUUUUUGUCACCGUCAUCUUUGCCUACAUCAUACUGGGCAUUGUGGCCUGGUUACACGGCGACCUCAGGAAAGCCGCCUUUCCAACUGACAGCUACGGGAAGUUCUGCGGAGAGAAGGAAAAUAUAAACAAAACCAAAUUGUUCUAUACCAACAUUAUCAGAUGUAUGAAUCCUUUAGUGUGGAUUAACCUGCAGUGCCCGACCACCCAGCUCUGUGUCUCCAAGUGUCCUGACAAGUUUAUGACACUUUUGAAUGCCGUGAAGAACAGCACUGAAUGGCUUUAUUACAAGCAAUUCUGCAAACCAGGAGUAAAGCGGAGCACGAGCAUUCCAGCCCUCAUAAGAAAUGAGGACUGCCCAUCGAUGAUCUGGCCAAGCACACCUCUUCUUAAGCGGUGCUUCCCCACUUUCAUGACGAGUAACGGGAACAUAACCAACCAGACAUUGGUUCACGGCGAGAAAACCAUCACCACCGCAGAUUUGAAAAAUGCCGCCGGCAACGCGUCCUUUAUGCUACACGCUAAAGAUAUUAGCGCAAAGGUCUUUGAGGAUUUUGCCGAAUCCUGGAAAUGGAUCCUGACGGGUAUGGCCAUCACCAUGGUGAUCAGCCUGAUCUUCCUCCUGCUGCUGCGCUUCAUUGCCAGCGCGCUGGUGUGGCUCAUCAUCGGCAGCAUCGUCGGCGCCAUCGGCUACGGUAUCGGCCACUGCUAUUGGGAGUACCAAAAGCUCAUCAGGAAGGAGGGCGCGGACAUCACCAUCUCUGAGCUGGGCUUCAAUCCGGACUUUAAUGUCUACCUGGAGCUCAGCCAGACGUGGUUCAUUUUCAUGAUUGUGCUAUCUGUGAUCGAGGGCAUCAUUCUACUUAUCCUGAUUUUCCUGAGGGAGCGGCUGCUGAUUGCCAUUGCGCUGCUGAAGGAAGCGAGCAAGGCCGUCAGCUACGUGAUGACCGCUCUUAUCUACCCCAUCUUCACCUUCUUUCUGUUGUGCCUCUGCAUCGGUUAUGGAGCCGUCGUCGCAAUGUGUUUAGCGACGUCCGGCGUCGCCAUCUACACCAUUACACCUACAAAUGCUAAAUGUCAAUUAGGCAACAACACCAUAUGCGAUCCAAAGACGUUCAAUGCAAGCAACCUGACGGGAGAUUGCGCAAAGUCGCGCUGCUUCUUCAACUCCUACGGCCACGAGGACUUCUACCACAGCUACAUCUUGCUCCUCCAAGUGUUCAACGUGUUCGCCUUCCUGUGGUUGGUCAACUUUGUCAUCGCGCUCGGCCAGUGUACCCUCGCUGGAGCCUUUGCCUCCUACUACUGGGCCCUGAGGAAGCCCAAAGACAUCCCCGCCUUCCCGCUCCUUGCGUCUUUCAACAGAGCCAUACGUUUCCACAUAGGCUCCCUGGCCCUCGGUGCGCUCAUCCUCUCCGUGGUGCAAAUGAUCCGCAUCGGUUUGGAAUACCUGGAUCAAAAACUCAAGGGUUCCCAGACUGCGUUUGCUCGCUUCGUGAUGUCCUGCCUCAAAUGUUGUUUCUGGUGCUUGGAACGUUUCAUCAAGUUCCUCAACAGAAAUGCGUACAUCAUGAUAGCAAUACACGGAAAGAGCUUUUGCACGUCCUCCAAGGAUGCUUUCUUCCUCCUGAUGAGGAACAUUCUUCGGGUGGCCGUCCUGGACAAGGUAACGGACUUUUUGCUCUUCCUGGGAAAACUUCUCAUCGCAGGAACCGUUGGUGCGCUUGCAUUUUUCUUCUUCACCCGGAAAAUACCCGUCAUAAAAGGGGAGGCGCCAACUCUAAACUACUACUGGGUCCCUCUGGUGAUGGUGAUCUUGUUAUCCUACUUAGUCGCGCAUGGCUUUUUCAGCGUCUACUCCAUAUGCGUGGACACACUCUUCCUGUGCUUUUGCGAAGACCUGGAGCGGAACGACGGUUCCCUCGCCAGGCCCUACUACAUGUCUCCCGAGCUGUGCAAGAUCCUGGGCAAAAGCAACGAGGUCCUAAGUAGCAGCAGCAGCGCUUCCGAGUGAGCAAACUGAUGAACUUGGCUCACCUUUCUUCAUAUCUGCGUCACCAACUUUUGAAACGCAUUUUCAGAGGGGCGUAAAAGGACAACGCCAUUGAACUCCUCACUUAAGGAAUGCACGUUUUUUUUUUUUUUUU